AUGGAUCCAGCUGUGGCGAUCGUGUUGGGCCAGGAUCCCGCGCCAUUUGAGCAGCUGCUGCAGCGACUCCUUUCCCCGUCAAACGACGACAGAGGCGAGGCCGAGCGCAUAUUUAAUCUCUGCAAGCAGCAGCCUGACGCUCUCGUUCUCCGCCUCGUCGCGGCGCUGCAGUCCUCCGCCGCAGGAGCGGACGUGCGGACGAUUGGCGCGGCGACCGUCAAGACUGAAUUACUCGCUAGCGUGCAGAGGGAGCCUACUAAGGCGAUUUGGAAGAAGCUGUGCGACACGAUCGCGGAGCUCGCGGCGGGGAUCGUGGAGUCGGGGACAUGGCCGGAGCUGCUUCCGUUCAUGUUCCAAUGCGUGUCGUCGUCCGACGACCGGCUCAAGGAAGCAUCGCUGCUGAUCUUCGCGCAGCUAGUGCAUUUCUUCCAGUCGCAGCUGAAGCCUCACUUGCCCACUCUACACAAUGUGCUUCUGCAGUGCCUCUCGCAGUCAGCCAAUCCCGACGUGCGGAUCGCCGCGCUCCGUGCGGCUGCGAAUUUCGUUGAGGCGCUCGAAACUCCUGAGGAGCUGACGCAAUUCCAGGAUUGCUGCCCGGAAUGA